CAGCCCACCAACACUGAGUGAGCCGGGCUGCUCCAGCUAUCAGCCACCCGAUCAACCAUUUUUGGUUGUUCAUUAUUAUGACUCAAUGGACUAGUAUCCAGUUAUCUCUAUAAAGUCAACACUUCAUUUUGAUAUAGAUACGUCAAUAUUGUUAACGUCAAAGCUAGACAAGCAGAGCACGUAGAGGCAUUUUUUAUCAUUCAUAUUUUUGUAGGUCUUAUUAGUGUUUUCUGUUUUGAAUUAGCAAUUUUGUUUUCGUUUUUAUUAAUUUAUUUUCGACCAUUUUUUAACUAUAAUGUACUUUUGAUAUUCUAGAUAAUAUAAAUACGUGUUCAUUAUUGUAUAAAAAUAUUUAAUUUUUUUAAUAAACAACUUAAAAAUGAAAGGUGCAAAGUUGUUAACGUGUGCUAAUCGCUGCAUAGCAGGAAAAACUCCUCAACUACCCUUGCCAGUGCACAGCAGAUGGCUAGCCACGGAAGCACGCGAGGCACCCGCCCAGAAACGCGGCGCGGCUCGCGAGAGUGCGUCGUUCACACUAAACUUGUUCCGCGGCCGUCUGGAGACCGCGCAGGUGUUCCCUUACCCUGAACCAUUGUCGGAUGACCAGCGCCAAAUGCUUCAGGAGCUUGUGCCGCCUGUAGAAAAGUUCUUCCAAGAGGUGAAUGACCCCGCCAAGAAUGACCAUGAUUCGAAAAUAGAAGAAAACACAGUUUCCGGUCUGUGGGACCUUGGGGCGUUUGGUCUGCAGGUGCCAGCAGACCACGGCGGUCUGGGGCUGUCCAACACACAGUACGCUCGCCUAGUGGAGGUAGUGGGCGCGCACGACCUGGGUGUCGGCAUCACGCUCGGUGCGCACCAGUCCAUCGGCUUCAAGGGCAUCCUGCUGUUCGGAAACCCCGAGCAGAAAGCCAAGUACUUACCGCGGGUCACCGGCGGGGAGUACGCCGCCUUCUGUCUCACCGAGCCCUCUUCUGGCUCCGACGCCGGCUCCAUCAAGUCACGCGCUGUGCUGUCUCCCGACGGCAAGCACUUCAUCCUCAAUGGCUCCAAAAUCUGGAUCAGCAACGGAGGCAUCGCCGAGAUCAUGACAGUAUUCGCACAAACUCCCAUCGAGAAGGAUGGCAAGACUGUCGAUAAGGUGACAGCAUUUAUCGUGGAGCGAUCGUUCGGCGGAGUGUCGUCCGGCCCGCCCGAGAACAAGAUGGGAAUCAAGUGCUCCAACACUACCGAGGUGUACUACGAGGACGUCAAGAUCCCCAUAGAGAACGUGUUAGGAGGCAUCGGCAAUGGAUUCAAGGUGGCCAUGAACAUCCUCAACAACGGACGCUUCGGUAUGGCGGCCGCCCUCGCCGGCACCCAGCGCUCCGCACUGCGCCAGGCCGCGGAGCAUGCCGCCACGCGCGUGCAGUUCGGGAAACGCCUGGCGGAAUUCGGCACCAUACAGGAGAAACUGGCGCGUAUGGCCCUGCUGCAGUACACCACUGAGUCUCUGGCCUACAUGGUCAGUGGCAACAUGGACACGGGAGCCUCAGAUUACCACCUAGAAGCCGCCAUUUCCAAGGUGUUUGCAUCGGACUCCGCGUGGACGGUGGUAGAUGAAGCUAUUCAGAUCUUGGGCGGUAUGGGAUUCAUGAAGGCUACAGGCUUAGAGCGAGUGUUGCGCGACCUGCGCAUCUUCCGUAUUUUCGAAGGUACCAACGACAUCCUGCGCCUGUUCGUGGCGCUGACUGGUAUCCAGUUCGCGGGCUCACAUCUACAGGAGCUCCAACGCGCAUUCAAGAAUCCAACGGCGCACCUGGGCCUGAUCUUCAGCGAGGCCGGAAGGCGCGCGGCGGGCGCCGUGGGGCUGGCCCGCGGGCCGGACCUAGCGCCGCACGUCGCGCCCGAGCUGAGGUCCCUGGCCGCCGAGCUGGGCCGCUGCGUCAUGGAGCACGGGCGCACGGUGGAGGCGGCCCUGGUGCGGCACGGCCGCGGCAUCGUGGACGAGCAGUUCGUGCUCAACCGGCUGGCCAGCUCCGCCAUCGACGCGUACACCGCGGCGGCCGUGAUGUCGCGCGCGUCCCGCGCCGCGCGCCUGCGCCUGCCGUCGGCGGCGCACGAGCUGAAGCUGGCGGAGGCCUGGGCCGAGGAGGCCGUGACGCGCAUGCCGGCGGCGCUGGCGGCGACGCGCGACGCUCGCUCGCUGCGCCAGUUCGCGCGCCUGGCCGAGCUGGGCGGCGCCGUCGCGGCCGCGGGCGGACAACCGACCCCCAACCCGCUCAAUCUGUGAUCGUGAGAUCUGAACGUCUCUGUGCUCCUCCGUUUUCCGAGUGUGACAAGUUCUAGCAAGUAUUAUUUAUAGGUAAUUGUUCCAAGUUUUAAUCUCACAUUCGAUCGACAGUUUCAUAUUUUUCGACUUGGAUUUAUUAAUUAAUAAUGAUUGCUAUUCUAGUACCAAAAUAACAUUGUAACGAUAAACUAUAAAUUAAAUAAACGAAAUGUAAAUAACUGUACAUAGAUUAAGUCGAAUAGUUGUAUUGUCGGUCAUAAUCAUAGCUAUAGUAGUAAAGUAAAACAAACAUACGGUAAAGUUGUAAAUAUGUACGGUCUGUUGCCUACUUUAUGUAUUAUUUUCAUUUUGUUUACGUAAGUAGGUCCUACUGUGAAAUUCGAACCGCCUCAGGAUCAAUUAAAAUUAUGUUAACUUAUACAAAAUAUGUGGGAAAUGAACUCUCUUUAGUGACAAUCAAAUUCUCCAAGACAAAUUCUACAAAUCAUAACAUUUGGUUCAGUCCUUCUUGAACCUUAGUUGUAUUACAAACAAGAUAUAAAAUAUGUCAUUAUGCUUAAUAAAUUAUAAAUUUUAAUAAGCAA